AUGCCCAGGAACCUCCACCCGCUCGUCGGAGCCAUCGACGCCGGCCUGUGGGACACGGAGGCUCCCCUCGGCCGCAUCGUCCUCGUCGGCCACGCUGCCUUCCUGCACGCGGGCUUCGUCCCCUGCGGCAACGAGGCGUCUCGUCGGGUCCCCACACAAGUAGGCCUCACAGCCUCGACGCUCUCGCUCCGGUACACCAUCCCGGAGCUCGUGCACCCGUUGGGCGACGGCGCCGCCACCGCCGACGCCGCCGUUCUCAGGCUCUGCGCGCAUGGCAGAUUCCUCAUUCUGUACGGGCACCUCACCGGUGACGGUCGCCAGCCGUGCACGCGUUGGGCGUGCAUCGACGCGCACUUCGUCGCACCUGUCCUCUCCGGCGACCUGGACGCCGCGGCCCACGCGCUGAUCGGUGACGCCCUCGGUGUACGGCUCUGGAAGGCGCUCGCCGACGGCGUGGGCCGGCGCCUCUUCCUUGACAUCUGCGCCAGGAACGUGGCGCUGCUGCGCAUGCCGGUGCACUUCAUGUCGCUCCCCGCCGACUUGCAGGCGUCGAUCCUGAGAAGGCUCGCCGGCGUGGACCUCGCUAUGGUGGAGUGCACCUGCACCGAGCUGCGUGACCUCGUCGCGGAGCGCCAGCUCUGGAAGGCCAGGUACAUGGCCGAGCAGUGGUUCCUGUUCUUGGGCAGGCGCUCGCGCUCCGCCUCCGACGACUCCGAAAUCCUCGGCGCGUGCAGCAGCUGGAAGGAAAAAUACGUUAAAUCCAGAUGGUUCUGGCCGCCAUGGCCGCGUUGGAGGUACCCGCUUCGUUCGCUGCGGUGGCUCGUGGACGAUCUUGCUCUUCUGAGGCUUGAAGAAUUCCGCUACGAUUUGUAUGCCCGUUCAGUCAGUAGGCGUGAGCUCGAUCGUUGCAAGCGGCAAGACCCAACGCAGCAUUUGAUCCGGCGUUUCCAGCAAAGGAAGAGCAAGCAGGUUCGGGUAGGCGAUGGCGACGUCCACCGGCGGACCACGGCAGUGCACGGAAACGGCCGGAGACGAUGCAACAAGGAAGCAAUUUACUCACCGUCGGCUCGGUAUGGACGGAUGCAUCGAUGAAUGCCUGUGGGCUCCUGUGUGUGAUGUGAUUGGGGAUCCUCACGUUGUCAGGUCAUGUCUUCUUGCUGUCAGAAUUACAUACUAUGUCUAGAUAUAAUAACUAAAAAAAGGGGGAAAUA